GCCGGCACUUUGGCGGCCACAAGCCCAGAGCACAACGCCCAACUCCCCCAACUUCAGCCAUGCUCUCGACACCAUCCCGUUUGGUGGUGGUACUCGCCCUCUUUGUUCUGCUGGGGGUGGCCAACUCUGUACUGGCAGACGUCUUGCUCCGCUCGAGGACUCUGCCGCAUCCGCGCGAGGUGGUGGCCGAAGACCGACCUGCAGCCCGACAGUUUGGGAAUGCGCCGAUGGCUCAUGCUUCGGUGACUGCCGCGCGUGACGCUGCUGCUGCAAAGGUCUCCGCUCACUCUGCGGCUGUGACAGCUAGGGCCGCCUCGCCCGAGGCCGCCGCCUGGCCGGUCCUGGUCGUCAUGGACGGUCCGAUCCCCAGCCAGCUGCGCGAUGAAGUGCUUCACGGGCCAUGCGCCGGGCACUACCGCUACGUUCCACACCACUCGGUGCUGGUCUCUGCCUCUGCGGCUUGUGCUGAUGCGCUUGAUGCUCAUCCGCACGUUGCAGGUGCCUACGAGUACGAGGCCUCGGACAAGUUUGAUGCUGGCGAGCUCGCGGCGCAGGCUCGCUCAGCACGUGCUGCUGGCGAGGCGCGGCCGCGGCCGCUGCUUGUCUCACUCCUCGACGGCCCGCACACGGCAGACGACGUCGCCGCUGACCUUUCAACCUCGCUGGGCCUGGGGGCUUCGGCAGUCUCGUCACGGCGGGUAGCUAUCCGCGGCACGCCGGCAGAGCUCGCCGACGCCGCUGCCUCUGCCGCGCUCCACCCGGCAGUCCACUGGAUUCAGUGGCAGCCAAAGGUGGCGGUCCGCAACCGCUUUUCGCGUUCUGUCAUGCAGGCUGGAUCGUCGGCGGCAGAGUCGACCCACAACGCCGACAUGGCGCCGACCCCGUUCUGGGAUGCUGGCAUCCGCGGCGAGGGCCAGGUUGUGUCGUGCGGCGACACCGGGCUCGACGCCGACAUGUGCUUCUUCCGCGACGAAAACGUCUCCAUCCCAUUCAACGUCGUCUCGCCGCACCACCGCAAGCUCGUCUCGUACAUCACGCUCGAGAACGAUCUCGACGCCCGGUCCGGCCACGGCACCCACGUCGUCGGCUCGCUCACCGGAUGGGCCGACCGCGGCGGCAUCCCCGGCAAGUAUGAUGGCAUUGCCCAACGCGCCCGUCUCGUCUUCACCGAUCUCGGUGACCAGUACGGCGACCUCUAUCCACCGUCGGACCUCGCUGCCAGCUACUUUCCGCGCCCAUACGAGUACGGCGCACGCGUUCACUCAGACUCGUGGGGCGGCGACUCGACCCGCUACGACUCGCUCUGCGAAGACGUCGACCGCUUCCAGUUCAACAACCCGGACUUUCUCUAUGUCAUUGCUGCUGGCAACACAGGAACUGCGGGCUGGGACACAGUCGCCACUCCGGGCAACGCUAAGAACGGGCUCUCGGUCGGCUCGCAGUACUCGACGUACUCGUCGUUUGAGCACAAGUGCGGCAUUGUCGACGACCAGGUUGCCAUGACCUGCUCUGCCGACGGCGUCGAUCACGUCACCAAUCAUCCCGACUACUUUACCUCUAACAACCUCGCCUGCUACUCUUCGCUGGGCCCGUCUGGCCCGGACCACAGGCUCAAGCCCGACAUUGUCGCCCCAGGCCACUACGUUGUUUCGGCCCGCUCUGAUGGCGACAACAACUCGCCCACCGACCAGUGCUACGAGCUAGGCAACUCGUGGGCCUUUAUCGAGUCCGGCACGUCGAUGGCCGCCCCGGGCGUCGCCGGCUCGGCCAUCCUUCUCCGCCAGUAUCUGACCGAGGGUCGCUGGCCCGACGGCAAGCCAAACAACGCGCGCGGCAUCGCCCCGUCCGCCGCCCUCCUCAAGGCCUUGCUUCUCGCCGGCGCUACUCCGCUCGACGGUGGUGUCUUUUGGCGCUGCGAAGACAGCAAAAUCUCCAUGCCUGGCGACGUCAACUAUUACGCCGGCUUUGGCGGUCUCACCCUCAACGCUACCGUCCCGCUCACCCUCAACUCGCCGCUCAAGGUCCUUUUUGACCACCCGGACCACGCCGCAGAGACAAACUCGCUCCGCACCCGCUGCUUCCGCGUCCUCGGCCUGCCGGACACACCAGCACCGGGAGCCUCGCUGAAGAUUGUCAUUGCCUGGCAGGACUACCCGGCUUCACCGGCCUCCGCCGCCUCGCUUGUCAACGACAUCGAUCUCGAGGUCGUCGCCCCAUCAGGUGCCCACUACAAGGGCAACGCGCAGCUGGCUGACUCGCGCAACGCGUUCGACAACCGCAAUAACGUCGAGUUUGUCUUUCCGCCGCCCGCAAACGGCGUCUACCAGGUCCGCAUUGCUGGCAUCAACAUCCCCCACGGCCCGCAGACCUACUCGCUCGUCAUCCGCCUCGCCGGCGGUGGCGCCCUGGCCGACACCGAGUGCGAGGAUCAUACCUGGCCGCCGCCGCCGCCCGAGGCCACAGACGUUCCCGUCUCGCCGCCGGCCUCACGCUUUGCUGUCAUCACUAUCGCCGUCCUCGCCGUCCUCUUCAUGGUUGUCGCCGCUGCCAUUGCCAUCUUCCGCUCUUACCGCAACCGCUCGCUCGCCCGACCUUUUCAAUUUGUUGCCCUCUCGUCCGACGAAGACACCGAUGUCGACGCUCGCAUUGCCUGCAGCUCCGACCUCCUUUCCGAUCUCGAGUCGACUGCCUCGUCAGACUCGAUCAUCCCGGCCAUCGAUUAACACUGCCCCUUUCGCCGC